AUGCUUAAGGAAGAAAAGCUGACUCUAACCAAAGCCAUCUCUAUAUGGUCGACAGAUGCCACUGUUCGAGAGCAAGCUCGGAAGAUGGAAGUGUCAGAGGAAGGAGCAUCAAGGAAAGAUGAAAAGGUGAACAAGGUCAACUGGAAGCAGGCAGAAAGAAAGCCAAAGAAGGAUGAAGCUGUGAGAGGGCAGCAAAACCAGAUGAAAAAUGCAAGAGGGCACAAGAUCCCUGUGCUGGGUGUCACUGAUGCAGAAGUAGUGUACCAAGGAAACAAGAAGGAACUGGAAGUGCAUGUGGUGGAAGGAGAUGGACCUCCACUACUGGGACGUAACUGGCUGAAAGAAAUCAGACUGGACUGGGAACAGCUGGUGGGAAGUAUGCAAUCUCAGAAGACAAUGCGUUGGAAGCUGGAAGAUGUUCUGCAGAGGAAUGAAGAGCUGUUUGAUGGUACGCUGGGUCAGAUGAAGAACACUGAAGCUCAUCUAGAGCUGAAAGAAGAUGCCAAACCAGUGUUCCAGCCACCACGACCUGUGCCAUAUGGUCUCGCGGACAAAGUGAAGCAAGAGUUGUCAAAAUGGGUGGAACUUGGAGUGACAAAAGAACUGACGUCAGAGGAUGCAACGCCGAAGUGGGCCACGCCUCUCGUAGUCGUGCCAAAGCCGGACGGAUCAGUAAGGCUCUGUGGAGAUUUCAAGGUAACGCUGAACCCAAACCUGGAAGUGCCGAAGCACCCGCUGCCGAAGAUGGAGGACAUUUUUGCAACAGUGGGACAGGUUCGAUACAUCUCAGUGAUUGACCUCUCCCAAGCGUAUCUGCAGAUGCCCCUCAGCACAGAAAGCCAGGAGUACUGUGUUCUCAACACACCAUGGGGGAUGCACCGUAUGCUGCGACUACCAUACGGGGUGAAGUCAAGUCCAAUGCUCUUCCAGAGGGAAAUGGACAGAAUCCUCAAGAAUGUGCCUGGAGUGAAGUGUCUGUUGGAUGAUAUGCUCAUCACAGGAAGAACUGAAGAAGAAGCACUGAAGCGACUGGACGAAGUGAUGCAGAUCAUGAAGUCACACGGUCUGCGUCUGAAAAAGGAGAAAUGUCAGUUUCUGACAAAGGAAGUCCGGUACCUAGGGCUCAGGCUAGGAGCCGAGGGCAUCAGAACAGAUCCAGAACGUGUGAAAGCCGUGCUGAACGCAAGAGCACCCACCAACCAGAAAGAAGUUCGUGAGUUUCUCGGUGCUGUCACGUUCUACAACCGCUUCCUGAAGAACCUCUCGAAGACAGCAAGGCCGUUGAAUGAACUCCUGAAGAAAGACAGCGAAUGGAAGUGGACUGCAGAGUGUGAAGCCAGCUUCAACAGCAUCAAGAGACAGCUGUCAUCAACGGAAGUGCUGCGUCAUUUCGACGUGACGGAGCAGGUGACGGUGAUCACGGACGCUAGUCCAGAAGGACUAGGCGCCGUACUCGUUCAAGGGAAGGAUGAGCGGCCGAUCAUGUACGUGUCAAGAUCGCUGAGUGAACACGAGCGGAAAUACUCUCAGAUAGAAAGGGAAGGACUCUGUGUAGUCUGGGCAUUUCAGCGACUGAAGCAGUUCCUGUACGGGCGCCAUUUCAAGCUCGUAACGGACAACAAGCCGCUAGCUCACGUCUUUGGACCUAAGGCGCCGCUGCCGACGUUGGCUGCCUCACGGAUCCAGAGAUGGGCGAUGAAGUUGGCGGAGUACGAUUUCUCUGUGGAAGUCAGGAAGUCGGAACAGAUUCCAGUAGCUGAUUGGCUCUCACGUCUACCGAGAGAAGGCUCAGUGCUGAAGUCAGAAGCACCAGAAGACGAGUGCACUGUCUGUCUGAUCGGACAACUGGAGUCGCUAAGUCCGGUGACGGCCGCAGCGAUUCAACGAGAGACGGCCAGAAGCCCAAUCCUGGCGAAGGUGAUGCACUUCGUGCACAAUGGCUGGUCAGAAGCCGUAAAUGAAGAGCUACAACCAUUCAAGAUGAGGCAAACCGAACUGACCGUGGAGCGCGGAUGUCUAAUGUGGGGAUGUCGCGUCGUGGUUCCGCCGAACCUGAGAUCCAGAGUGCUGAGCGAGCUGCAUGCCGGACAUCAAGGAAUGGUGAAGAUGAAGCAGCUCGGAAGGAUGCACGUCUGGUGGCCGAACAUGGACAAGCAGAUCGAGGCGGAAGUCCGGAACUGCGAAGGCUGCUGGCAAAAGCGAGCAGAGCCACCAAGCGGAGAUCUCCACCCAUGGGAGUAUGCCAAGGGACCCUGGCAACGGAUACAUCUAGAUUUCGCUGGUCCUGUGGAAGGUAGAUUCUACGUGGUUGUCAUCGACAGCUACUCGAAGUGGAUGGAAAUCGCUCCAAUGAAGACCAUCACAACAGAGAAGACGAUUGAAUACCUGCUGAACCUGUUCGCUAGGUGGGGACUGCCUCACCAACUGGUCACGGAUAAUGGUCCACAACUCGUCAGCAAGGACUUCGAAGGGUUCUUGGAGAGGAACGGAAUCAAGCACAGUGUCACAGCGCCGUACAAGCCGUCCACUAACGGAGCUGCGGAAAGAGCAGUGGGUUGUCUGAAGAACCUGCUGAAGGCCUCAAAAGGCAAGAAGGUCAACAUCCCGAACUUCCUGAUGGCGUACCGCAGUACGCCACAAGCGUCAACAGGACGUACACCGGCGGAGUUGAUGCUGGGCAGGCCGCUACGAAACCGCCUGGACCUCCUGAAGCCCAACCUCGCAAGUGAAGUUCGAGAGAAGCAACAGGAACAAGUAGAAAGAUCACAGAAGGGAACCGACAGAACGCUCGAAGUCGGCGAAUCAGUCCUGGUCCGCGACUACCGAGGUGCACAGAAAUGGAGGGAGGGAGACGUCAUCGAACGACAAGGCAGUAAACACUACCUAGUCCAAGUGCAAGACGAAGUGUGGCGUCGACACAUCGAUCAGAUUGUCUGUCUGCCAGGUGUCCGACCUCCAGUGACUAAUCUGCGGCAGGAGAUCAAUCCGUCUGAGCACUGCAAUCUCCCAGCGCAAGACGCACCAGCGGUGCAGCGGGAACAUGGACCGCCACUGCAUAGCGCUGUGGAACAGUCGGUAACUUCAACCGGUAACCGCGGGCUCGUGCUGGAGGAAGAUGGGAUCGCUGCAACACAGUCACCUGAAGCAGCGUCAGCAGCGAAGGCGAACACUGAACAAGAGACUGUAGGUCCUAGGGCACGUCCAGCGGACGUCAUCCGGAAGACCCCAGAACUGCGCACUCAUCCCCAGCGUGAGCGUAAACCUGUAGUGCGCAUGAACCUGUAA